AUGCCCUCUAUUUCGGACCGGCUGACGGUGAUCAUCACAACCUCACCAGCUCCAUCAAAUCCUGCCACGGAUCUCAUUGCAUCAGUCUUAAAGUCCUUCCAGCAGCACUGCGCCGGUCUCACUGAGGCCCGGGUGGUCGUCGUCUUCGACACCUUUGAGCGCAUCACCUCACAAUUGCGUCUGAAAAAAGGCCAUGCCAGCCCAGAACUAGCUGAGAACUACGAGCUGUACAAGAACAACAUCAAGGAGUUCAUCCUGCACACGUAUCAUCAUGGCCAGGUUGUAAGCCAAACACCCGGAGAGGCCGAAUUCGGCUUCGAUGGAAGAGUCGAGCUGCUGAUUAGUCAAACCGAAAACCGUAAAAUCACAUUCAUCGAGCCUGCUGUCCGGCUGGGGUUUGGGCUGGCUGUUCGCUCGUCCCUGAGGCUUGUCGAGACGCCGUACGUCUGGGUCCAGCAGCAUGACUGGGCGCUUGUGGCGGAUAUCCCCCUCGAACCUCUGCUAGAAAUCAUGCAGGGAAGCGAGGGCGAUGACGCCGUGCCGGUGAAGUAUGUCUCUUUCCCGUCAGUACGCAUGAAGUGCUAUGCGGUCUCACCGCACGUCACCGACCAUCCAGCUCUACGGGAACUCACCACCUCCUUAAAGCGGGAUUUUGUGAUCCAGUCCGAGCCAGAAAAGAAAAUUCCUCUUACGCCACUGUUUUUCUGGUUCGAUAAACCGCAUGUUGCCUCUACGGCGCAUUAUCUGGCCCGGGUGUUCCCGACGCGGCUGGCGAUGCGUCGGGGGGAGUUCAUCGAGGAUAAGAUCGGGCAGCGGGCGAGGACGCAGAUGAAAGAAGGGCAAUGGGCCAAGUGGGCGACUUGGCUGUAUUACCCGGACGAGGGAGACUUGCUGUGCCUGCGGCAUCUGAUGGGGAGGACUUGGAGAGGGUUUGCGGGUCCAAUUAAUGUCAAGGGAGGGGAUGCUACUGUUACAGAGGAUGACCAGUCUUAA